AGUCUGUCCAGAUAAGAUUCGCGUUGUGGACGUAUUAAGCAAAUUUGAACCCAUUUUCCUGCAAAAUGCAGGCUCAAGUGACAAGGAUCAAGAUCACCGGCACGGCGGCACCUGUGUGGCCAGCUCUUCGGCCCGACAACCUGUCCGAAAGACCGCCGUGGUUGUAUAUCUAGAUCUAUCUGGUACAACCGGAAAUUGCUCCGACUCUGGGGACCCUAUAACGGAAGUUACGGAACAUAGCCUCUAUGUACAAACAGGCUGAUGUCGUGACUUUGUUACCGGCCCCCCAACACAUCACCCGGUUGAUAUCCCAUCGGGACUAGAGGGGCACCCGGCGCUUUCGUAUCGGCUAUGGCGGAACCGCCAGUCACAUUGCAGCGCUCAGCUGAAUAUCGCUGAUGAUGUUGCACCAGAAGGCUCUUGGCCAGGGGCCUCUAUGCGACCUUCCGCCUCGGACAAAGAUGCUGCUCACGUCCGCCUUCUUCGCCCUCGCCAUCGCCGGCACGGCGUCUGCCCAAACUCUGGGCAACCGAUACGGCCUCCUCAGCGCCACUCGUCCCGAGAUCGGAUUCGCCAACUACAACACCGAGCAAAAGCUUCUGGUGGCGAACCAAGUGAAGGAGAUGUUCAAGGUUUUUGUCCAUCAGUACGAGAAGGAAGACGUCUAUGGUGUGAAUGCCCUCGAGAAAGUCGACAAAAUCAUCAAGGACGCCCCUGGCCUCAGCAACCGCGACUUCCAAUACCGCAUGGUUGCCCUCUUCCAAUCCUUGAGGGACCUGCACACCAACUACUACGUGGCGGGCCCUCACAACUGCUACAACUUCGUCCAGCCCCUCCAGUUUGCGUUUGUCGAGUCGGAGGACUACUUGAAGAAACCUAAGAUCGCGGUCAAGUCUUACACUGUCGACAAAAAUGUCCUUGCCCGUGUGCCAGGCAUUCAGGACAAAGUGAAGAUCGGAGACCUCCUCACCAAGAUUGACGGAAAGACAUGGCCUGAAUACUUCGACACGGUCAAGGCGGACACCGGAGGUGCCAACCAAUACGGCGGAUACCAGCGUGCUCUGCAACAGAUCUCCAGCAAGCGUGGAAGGUCCUACAAGGUUCCCGCCAAGAACGCCCAGGUGUUUACCUUCCAGAGCUCCAACUCUACCUCCACCUUCGACAUUACUGUCCCUUGGGUCACCGUUGCGAGCAAGGACUGCCUCGCUGAUGCCCCCACCGGCGGUGCCGCUGAUCCCAAAAACAAUGCGUUGGGCAAGACUGAGCAGAAGUACCACGGAAAGCCUAAGAAGCCGCGGACCGAUGACGCUUCCGUCGACGAUUGGGGAACUGAGUUCUUCUCCAGCGACCUUCCCGCCGUUGCGUACGCUCCUACCGCGUCCUCCAUCGUCUCCUACACCAUCUACCGGAACAACGGAGCAAACCUCGGAGUCAUUCGUCUUUCGGCCUUCACGGACAGCGCGCCUUCUGACGGAGAAACCACUGCUCUGAACGAGGUCAAGCGCCUUUUGACCGAUGUCUUGGCCGACACCGACAGCAUCGUUAUCGAUCUCCGCACCAACGGAGGCGGUUCCCUUGGCUUCGCCGACGUCAUGCCCCAGUUCUGGGUCAACGCCCCUAACGGUUUUGACACCGGCUAUGGCCGUGCCAUCAACCACCCCAACAACGGUGCCCUCUUCAACGGCCCUGCCAACGAGGAGGAUUGGGCUGCCGCUUACAACGCGACUCCCAAGGGCAACAAGUACACUAACACCAUCAAGUUCAACGAGGCGUCCACCAUGAACACCAUUGGCCAGCUUUACCUCAGGCCCGUCGCUCUGCUGACCGACGCAAAGUGUUACUCUGCUUGCGACACUUUCUCUGCUUCCAUGCAGGACCACGGCUUCACCGUCUUUGGUGAAGACGCUACCACUGGCGCGGGAGGAGCGAACGUGAUCGAACACCAGGCCAACCUCCAGGCGUGGGCCCCCAGCAUCUACAAGCCUCUGCCAUACCAAGAACUCGACAGCAACGGAAAAGCCCGCCUGGGUGUCUCAAACUUCCGUGUUGCAUGGCGCCAGACCAUCCGUACCGGCCCGAACAAGGGCAAGCUUAUCGAGGACGCCGGUAUCAAGUCGACAUAUCAACUCAGGCCCACCGUGCAGGACUUCGUUGCCGACGAUGCAAAGGGAGUUUCCAGCCAAUUCGAUCGCAUCGCCAAGUACUUCAAGACCAACUCCAACGAGCAGAAGAAGGCCGGGUUGUUGUUCCAGGCAUCCCUCAACGCCACCACGGUGACCGUCGGCAAGACUUUCACCAUCCCCUUCACCUCCCAAAAGAUUAACACAAUCGAGCUCCGCGAUGCUAACAACAAGGUCGUCACCAAGACCAACCCGACACCGGUUGACCAGAAGCACAAGGGUACUCUCGAGGUCGUCAACGGUGUCGCCACAUUGGGCCGCAGCCUGUUCACCAUCCAGGGUUUCAACGGGAACCAGCGAGUCCUUAUUACCCGCAGGGAGUUCACCGUCAUCCCCAACACCUCCGCGUACUUGAAGGUCGCCGCCGGCCAGAAGUACACUCUUGGCAGCAAGGAUGAGUCUGCUUACACCCAUGUGUACAACAACCCCACCAACAACGCUGCUGAUGCCUGGCAAUACAAGAACGGAAAGCUGGUGCUCGGAAACGGAAUCAAGUACAAGUCCAAUGUCGAGUCCGCCCUCAAGAUCUUCGUCAACUUGCCCGCCUCCUCCAAGUUGUCCGCCACGUUCGACGUUGACUCUGAGAAAGACUACGAUUACUUCUUCGUCACGGCGACUGACGCCAGCGGAAACACCGUUGAGCUGUACAGGACCUCUGGAACCGUCGCCGCCACCGCCACCUGGCCCAUUCCCUUCUCCGGCAAUGUCUACCUCUCCAUUGAGUUCACCUCUGACGGAGGUGUUGUUGGACGGGGUGCGACCGUCAAGGACAUCAUCAUUGGCUCUUAAUUUAGUUGAGCGACUAUCACUAGACUUCGUUCCUCAUCACACAGUAGACAUACCCUGCACAUUUACUAGUAGAUGUAAUCUUUUUAGAAACAUACGUAAAUAUCUCAUCUGUAGAUCGACGACGUUAUGCAAAUAAACGCUGUGACUUUUCUCUGUGAAUGCCUUCCCAUUCAAUACAUGACGGCCAGAAUGUCUCGAAAUGAAUAUCCGAGUGAAGUGCUAUUACAAGGUGGUGUAUUUUGCAGCGAAACACAACCUGCCGGAGCGCAAGGUUCUCUGUUACUUGGGCGGUGCCACUCUGUUUCCCAACUAAAGAUUGUGAAGGUACUUCAAGGGAGCUUGCUGCUGCAAGGACAGUCUGCGAUGGAUCUGUGAAUUCUCCUGCAUUCGGCUCUUUCGGAGGGUUCAAG